AUGGUUACCUUUGGAGGAAUGCGGUUACCUCUUUUGUUGUUGCUGCUCAACGCAGCGUUUGGCUCAGCCCACCACUGGUUCAACUGGCAGUAUGAGGUUGGCUGCGAGUCCGAUACCUUUAUCGCACCAGCAGAUGAGGCCGGCGUUGCCUCCUUCCUGAAGAAGGAGUUCCCUAAGCAAUCUCUUAUCAAGGUCGUCGGUAAUGGCCACGGUUUUGGAAACUUGACUACCUGUAUUAGCAAGGGCGCCACGAACAGAACGUCUCACAUCGUUAGCCUUACAAACUUGAAGAAACUCGAGAUCCACAAGGACAAUACCAUUACCGUCGGUGCUGGCUGGGACGUCUACGACCUGAUCAAUGAGCUCAAGAAGCACAGCUUGUCCUUCAACUACCUCGGCGCCAUGCGUGUUCAGAACAUUGUUGGUGCUAUCAGCACCGGCACUCAUGGCACUGGACAGAAGAUCGCCAACAUGGCAACGCAGGUAGUUGCUCUCCGUGUCCUUGACGCUCGCGGCGAAACCCGCAUCGUUGAUGAGCAUAAGAACGCCGAAGAGCUGAAGGCCUUCCGUAUCAAUCUUGGUGCCCUUGGCCUGAUCACUGAGGUCACCCUCAAGGUUCAGCCGACUCAUUUCUUGAAGAAGACCACCAAGGUGCUAAACGCCACCACCGACUACAAAAAGCUGUACACCGAGCUUGCGGAUCUCUACAAGGAGCAUGACCGCAUGACUGUUUGGGGUCCUCACUUUGACUGGGAUGCUAAGGCUCAGAACUGGACCAUCGAGCCUACCUUCUAUGCCAGCUGGUGGGAGCCAACCAACUACACUAGUGUCCGCAACUGCACUCUCAACUACUGUGCCAACGGUUGCGGUGACUGCAUCAAGGACUACAUUUGCUACGAUGAGACGAGUGACGCAGUGUCGUGCCCUCCCCAGGGUAUCUGCUCGAGUCAGUUCUACGCCGAAAUUGAACACUUCUUCCCUAUGGAGCACUUCGUGGACGUCGCCACCAACUACACCAACUUCCAACAGGCACAGACUCCUAGAAUGAAAGGUUUCGAGAACGACAAGAUGAUCUUCCAGUUCCGUGCUCUGAAGGGUGAUGAUUCGUACAUGUCCCCUGCCAACACCUACAACCUCGGCUCCGAAAACAGCGGUGUUUUUGGUGUCCUCGAGAUUGAUUGGAUGCAGAAAGUGAACCACUGGGGUACACUCUACAACAACCAAGAGUUUACUAAUGAGUUCCAUGAUGAGUUCGCUACCUUGUACAACGCUCGCUCCCACUGGAACAAGAUGGCGCCCAGCGACCCCAAGCACGCCUUGUCUGCCUUCCCUAAGCUGCCCGAGUUCCUGAAGAUCCAGGAGCGUCAGGAUCCCAACUGCCAGUUCACCAACGAGUUCUUGGUGAACCAGCUCGGUAUUGAGCGCUGCCGGUCCGCACUCAAGCUGUAG